AGGAGGGCGGACGGGCGUCUCUUUUGGGGGAAAGCGCACUCGCAUCAGGAGUUUAUUCCCAUUUUAUUAUUUUAUUUUUGGCCCGAUCCUCCUUUUCCCCCCCUUUUUACUUUUUCUACUUUCCCCUCUUCUAACAUGAGGAAGUAAUCCACGAGGAUCUCAGCAAGCAAUUCUGAAAGUUCCCCAAGUAGUUCGGACAGGAGAAGAGGAAGAUGCUGGGGUUAGAGGUCAUCGCACUGUGCUUCAUUUUUGGAACCUUGACACAUGCCCAAACCACAGAAUGCAACAAGAAGCAUGAGUGUCCAAUUGAUGUGUACUUCACCAUUGAUACAUCUGAGACCAUUGCUCUCCAAGAGUCACCCCCUGGAUCGCUGGUGGAGAGCAUCAAGACCUUCACAGAGACUUUUGCAGAGCGUUUAGAAAAUGCUGACUACAGAGGCCUUGUCCAGAUCCGCUGGGCCAUCGGUGGACUACACUUCUCUCAGAGACAACAAGUGUUCAGCAGUAUCGGACCCAAGGAUGCCUUCAUACAAGAGGUCAGGAAAAUCCGUUACCUGGGUAAAGGCACCUACAUCGACUGUGCCCUCACAAACAUGACCCAGGAAAUGCUGCAUGCACCCUCGGACCCAAAAGCCCUGCGAUUUGCCGUGGUCAUCACCGACGGCCACGUGACAGGGAAUCCAUGCGGGGGCAUUAAGGUGGCUGCGGAGAAGGCGCGUGAUGAGGGCAUCAAGAUGUUCGUGGUGGCUGCAUCGAGGAACGUUGAUGAGACAGGCUUGAGGGAGAUCGCCAACUCUCCAUCUACAGUCUUCAGAAGGGACUAUAUGGCUGUGGACCUGAGCCAGGGCAAAGCUGUUAUCCAGACUGAUACAAUUGACCGCAUCAUCAAGACCAUGGCCCAUACGGCAUAUGUAGAGUGCUAUAAAGUGUCAUGUUUGGAGACACAAGGGCCUCCUGGUCCAAAAGGCCACAGGGGACAAAAAGGUGCUAAGGGGGACAAUGGAGACUCUGGCCUGAAAGGAGAGAGAGGUCGCCCAGGAGACCCUGGUAUUGAGGGUCCCAUUGGCCAGCCCGGUGUCAAAGGUGAGCCGGGUCAUAGAGGCGAUAAGGGAGAGAUGGGAACUGAAGGAAAGAAGGGUGUGGCUGGGCUUUCAGGGCGCAACGGAACUGAUGGACAGAAGGGUAAAAUUGGACGUAUUGGCGCUCCAGGUUGCAAAGGGGACCCAGGUGACAAGGGUCCUGAUGGUCACUCAGGAGAUGUUGGUGAAAGUGGUCUACCUGGUACUGAUGGUGAAAAGGGAGAUGCUGGUCGCCCAGGGAGAUCAGGUCCCCUUGGCUCAUCCGGAGACCCUGGACCAAAGGGAGAGAGGGGAAGUCCUGGAGCACCUGGAUUUCCUGGACAGAAAGGAAACCCAGGAACCGCUGGGGGGCCAGGAGUAAAAGGGGAGCCAGGGAGAAGAGGAGAUUUUGGGCUAAAGGGCACCCCUGGACUGGACGGGCCAAAAGGAGACAAGGGUGAAAUGGGGCCAGAGGGCUUGAGAGGACUUCCAGGUGAAGUAGGAAACAAAGGAACAAAGGGAGACAAUGGUCUGCCAGGCCCCAGGGGACCACCGGGAUCGCCAGGAGAGUAUGGAAGAAAUGGUACACGAGGUGACAUGGGUGAUGCUGGCCCUAGAGGCGAACCUGGACUGCCUGGACCCAAGGGGGAUCUGGGAAGACCUGGUUUCAGUUAUCCCGGACCAAGAGGACCUUCGGGUGAGAGAGGAGAGAAGGGCAAUCGAGGCCCCAGGGGCAGCCGGGGGGACUGUGGUCCAAAGGGAGGCCCUGGAGAAAAGGGUACCCCAGGAGAGCCAGGUGAGACAGGGUCACAGGGUGAACCUGGACUAAGAGGACCAAGAGGAGAAGUCGGACGUGACGGAGAUCCUGGCCCCGAGGGAGAUCCUGGUCUCACCGAGUGUGAUGUCAUGAACUACAUCAGGGAGACCUGUGGUUGCUGUGACUGUGAGAAGCGGUGCGGAGCCCUGGACAUUGUGUUUGUGAUUGACAGCUCAGAGUCGGUGGGUCUGACUAACUUUACCCUGGAGAAGAACUUUGUCAUCAACACCAUCAACAGACUGGGCUCCCUUGCCAAGGACCCCAACUCAGAAACAGGUACAAGGGUGGGAGUUGUUCAAUACAGUCACAGUGGAACUUUCCAGGCCAUCCGUCUCAAUGACCCCAAGAUUGACUCUAUGUCUGCUUUCAAGGAUGCAGUGAAGGGCAUGGAGUGGAUUGCCGGUGGCACAUGGACCCCGUCUGCUCUGAAGUAUGCCUACGACAACCUGAUCAGGGACAGCCGCAGAGCCAAGGCCAACGUGACGGUAGUUGUGAUUACCGAUGGACGCUUCGACCCCAGAGAUGACGACUCUCUGCUCACCUAUCUCUGCAGUGAUCCCAGCGUGGAUGUUAGUGCCAUCGGGAUUGGGGAUAUGUUUGACCAGACUGAGGAGAAUGAGAGUCUGAAGAGCAUCGCCUGUCAGAGGGACGGCAGGGUGCUGGGAAUGAGACGAUUCGCUGACCUGGUCGCUGAGGAGUUCAUUGACAAAAUUGAGACCGUGCUCUGCCCAGAUCCAGUUAUUGUGUGCCCUGACCUCCCUUGUAAAUCAGAGCCUGCUGUGGCCAGCUGUGUUCAGCGGCCAGUAGAUAUUGUGUUCCUGUUGGACGGCUCUGAGAGGAUGGGCCUAGAGAACCACCACAGGGCCAAAGAGUUCAUUGAGCAUGUGGCCGACCGCCUCACUCUGGCCAGCAACCAAUCAGAUGAGAGGAAUGCUCGCAUUGCCCUGCUGCAGUAUGGCAGCCCAUCAGAACAGAAGGUGGAGUUCCAGCUCACACAUGAUAUGACAUUGAUCUCUGAUUCGUUGGCGCAGAUGACCUACAUGGACUCCUCCUCCUCUCUGGGCAACGCCAUCAUCCAUGCUGUCAACAACCUGGUGGUGGGCAGCCAACUGGCUCGUCGUAAUGCCGAGGUGUCGUUCGUCUUCAUCACCGAUGGCAUCACUUCCAGCGAAAACCUGGAGGAGGGCGUGUCCUCCAUGAGACGGGCAGAGGGCGUUCCCACGGUGAUCGCCAUGGGACGUGAUAUAGACCAGGAGGUGCUGCGUAAGGUGGCCCUUGGGGACAUGUCGGCCAUCUUCAGAGGCGAUGAUUACGCCAUGCUGUCCAAACCCUCAUUCUUUGAGCGUUUCAUCCGCUGGAUAUGCUAGUGAGGGACUCUGGGGUUCAAUGCCAUAGAAUUAGGAUGCAUAGAAUAAAAGAUGGACCUACUCCUUAUGUGCACAUGUGUCAAGCACAGGGCCCUCGUUGAAAUUGCUAACGUCAUUACUGCUAUAAAUAGGGCACUGAGAUUGAAACAUAUCACUUGAUAUGGAUUAAACUGUAGCUACUCUCCUCAAAACAUUCAGUGUGGGACCAAAUCAGGUUACAAACAUAAACGCGCGCACAGACGUACACCAUUACAUAUCAGUAUUAACAAGGGCGUUCUAUUCAUUUUAAAUCUAUCAUCAGCACUUCCAACCAAAGACACUCCAAGCAGAGAAGUGUGCAGAUAUUGAAUGAGUAAGAGUCAAAUUACAGGUCUUAUUUUGUGUUUCUUUUGUUUUGUAUUGGUUUUUUAAAUUGUAAAGUCUCUCUCACUUUGUCAGUAUUCACAUUAAAGGUGCUAAUGUAGAAAUCAAAGCUGUUCUAUCGAUCUGAAAACCUUUUAUAUGUCAAGUAAUAGUUUUUAUUACUGUAGUUUGUUCAGGUAACAAGACAAUCAUUUACAUGUUUUCUCCAGAGAAAUGUUCAUGCCCCAAAAUCAAUGUCAAAGUAAUGUCUUACUUGUAUACACGCACACACGCACGCACACACACACACAUACACACACGUGCACUAAUGAACAAAAGACAGACAAAUGUGUAUACAUGACGUUUAAUAAAACUGAAUGUGGUGAA